AUGUUUCCCAUUUUGGCAACCGCCGUGUUCCUCCAAGCGUCGUUAUUCAACCAUCUCUCUGACGGCCCGGAGUGGCACAUCGUCGUUGAUAAAGUAGAACGGUGUAGGGCAUACUGGUGGGCCACCCUCACUUACGUGCAGAAUUAUUUGGUGGAUAAACGGUGUAUUGGCCCCACUUGGUACCUCGCUGUUGACAUGCAGCUGCAUAUACUCUCACCUCUAAUUUUAUUCUGGAUGCUCGGCAGAAGAAGAUCGGCAUGGAUCGCAUUAACUGUCGUCAUAUUGGUUGUCAUGGUGGUAUCGACAACGUAUAACUAUUUAAACAAGUUCCAAACCGCAUCGUUUGUACCGACGCGAUCACAAGAAGAUGCCAAUCACUAUCUACGAUAUUAUUAUCACAACACUCUGACCAGAUGCUCCCCUUUCUUCGUUGGCAUGUUGUUUGGCUAUCUUCUUAAUAUGUAUAAAAGCAAACAAGUCCACAUGGCUAGAUGGUUUGUAGCAUUAUGCUGGUUCUGCGCCUUCGUGGUUUCCGCCGGCGUUAUCUACUCCUCAUACCCCGUUCUUCAGAUGGAUUGGGACAGCCCCUUUUGGGACGGCAUAAUUAACUCCUUCGCCAGACCCGGGUGGGCUGUGUGUAUUGGCUGGGUGAUAUUUGCGUGUACACACGGUUAUGGAGGUCCUGUCAACUGGUUCCUGUCGCUCCGUAUGUGGAAGCUCCCCUCUCGGCUUUCCUACGCGAUGUACAUCUUCCACUAUUCCUUAAUGGUUAUUGUCAAUUCUACUUCUGUAUCGAUUGGUCACUUCUCCGUGGAACGCUUUAUUGUUUGA